CCUCUACCAUCAUUGAACAACUAUUCAAAGCAUAAUGUUCAACCCAUUGCAACAUAUUUGUUUCUUUAUAAGUUGAAUCAAAGCAAUAGGUAUUUUUUAUAAGUUAUGGAUACAACGAUGCCGUACAUUAUACAACUUACUAUAAAUUGAGGAAUUAACCUGGGAUUAUGAAAUGAUUGGAAAAGUUGUGUUUCUCAAUCUUCUGCUGUGUUGGGCAUCAAGAGGAGAAGAGCUAUCAUCAGCAUGUUUUGGAAGUCAACUUAGCCUGGAGUGUCCUUCUCAGCAUGUAAUCCACAUUCAAAUCGCAAUAUUUGGAAUCAGCCAGGGCUGUGAUGAUGGCGUCAUGUGUUGCCCAAAGCCAUCUGAUAAAUGCAGGGUAUCUAUUCCCGAUACACGACCGGAGUACAACGAGAUUCUGAUGACUGUAUGUAUGGGUAAAACUGAGUGUAACCCCCUUGCAGAUAGGGCUGACCAUGUAUGUGAUGUCAACAAACCAACAGAUUACGUCAUGGUACAAUACAUAUGUAUUCCAAAUAAAGCCAUCCAGAAUAUGUGUGGUAUACUGGACCUGGAGCAGGACCAUGGCUACUUGGCCAGUAUCAUCUACCCGGGAGGAAUAACCAGAACCUGUACGUGCAGGUUUAAGGCACCAGCCGAAUCAACAGUCACCAUUACAGCUAUCAAUAUGCACCUAGGAGCAACAGAUCCAGAACAUUGUGACAAAACGUUUAACUUCACAGUUAAAGGGACUGAAAACUCAAAGACUCGAUUCUGUAAGAUCAUGUGGAAUAACGUCAUUUAUAGGACAGAUGAUACAAAAUGGACUUAUUUGACAUUACAUACUGGAAUAAGAAAACAUGGAGGGAAGAUGUGGUUGGAAUACAAAUCCCAGCCGUCAAAACAAAUUACGAUGCAAUGUUCCAAACAUGGGUUUGGGGAUGCCGAGAAACCACCCCCAGUAAGCAACAGUCUAGUGCCACCCGAUGGUAAAAGACCAAAAUCUGGGAUUCGAAUCAAAGCUGAACUUGAAAAUGAUGCCAAAAAUGGUCAAAUUGAACGACAAGGUGGUGCACUUGCUGCUGGGAUAGUGAUUACGAUCCUUGUCAUAGCGAUUGUCAUAGCAGUUGUAUUCAUUUACAAAAGAGCAAGGCACAAACGGAAGCGAAAAGACGAGGAGCUGAAUAUCAGUCAAUUGGACAAGAAAUGGAGGUUUAAUCUGGACGACUUGUCUGUACAUGAAGUAUCGAGUGACUGGACUGGUGACACGAUAUAUAAGGACUUAGAAAACUAUGGAGCAAUGAAUCAUAAGCGUCAUCUCAUCGAUCGUAGUGAUUCACAAGAAAAUACAUUGUACAGUAGAGAGAAGAUGGCCAAGAAAAAAGGAAGAAAAGAUGUGACCGACACGCACACAAAUGAUGAUACCAGUAAUGUAAAUGCUGUAGUUCUGAUAAGUAAGAAGCUUAAUACUAACACGGAUUGUGGUGACAAUGUCCAUACGGAAACAGAGGAAAUAAACACUGAAAAGAUGUCACCACUCAUUGACAUGGAUAUGACAAUUGCUGGUAACACUAUUGAAGAAUUAGAUAAAGCUGUAGCAUUGGAAAAUUUUCAGAAAUCAUUAACUGAAAUGAAGAAAAAACUCCAAAAUCAUCCGAAGCAUGGUAAGAAAACGUCAUCAACAGAAGACCUGUUACCAAGUCCUUUCAGUAGCCCGGCGAGCUCCCCGAAUGAGAAGCGAAAUAAAUUAAAAUCAAAGCAGAAGCAUCUUAAUAAGCCAGUUGCACCUAUUAAACCUGUGCAACAUAUUAAACAAAGGGAAACCAGUAAUGUUGCUGGAAAGAAACUGUUGAAUGUGCAGAGUGUAUUUCAGAUUGUUAAAUCAGCCAAGGUACAGUCACGUCAAAGCAGUGAUAAAGAAGACGAUAACGAAGAUAUCAAUGUUUCGGAGCAGAACGCUAAAAAGGAAAUAAAGCGUAAUAUGAAAAAGUCAAAGAAGCCUAAGAAAGGGGAGAAAGACGAGCACUCUGCCCAUGAAACUAGACACCAUAAAUCAACAAAAGAACACAAGCAUGGGAAGGAACAUCAUAGCAGGCACAAAAAGAGUGGAUCAUAUGAGACUAGUGAGAAAAACAUUGGAUCAUAUGACUUUGGUGCGAAAACAAAGGGCUCAUCUGGGCACAGCGUGCACAAAAAACAUGGUAGGAGAGGUCAACCCGGGGAUGAUAUACAGGAAAAACUUGACAAGAUACGACAGGAGUUUGUUGAAGAAGACAGCGAUGCCGAUGAUGAACUGGAUAGUCCUGGUACAAAUGAAGGUAAAGACCAGGAGCUACCACCAAUGUAUGCCCAUCUAAAGAAGGGAGCUACUGACACCGGAUCGGAUUCAACAUGCUUGGAAUUACCUGAUGAAUUCGAAGAUGUUGACCUUGCUGAACCUAAAACAUCAAAAACAGACCAAACUGUUAAAUUCACGAAAAUAACGUACACUGGAGAUUUUCUAUAGACGAUAUGUUAUCGUGACUUAUGUUUUCUAUAAGAAACAAGAAUGAGUCUUAAGAUCUCAGAAUGGUAUCUUCUCAGCGUAAUAUAGUUUUGUUUUACUGAGAGCUAAUAGUAUAUUACAAAACUGUAUUGGAUCGAAUUGGUCACAAUUAAUGGACUUCAGUUCAGGCAACUUGAUCAUCAAUUUAGAAACAUGUGUUACUUUGGACUUAUAACGAAUAUUUUUAUAAUGGAUAUUUUAAAAAGGCAGAAUCAGAUAUACAGUAUAGGGGUGACAAAAUUGCAAGCAACAUGUACAAUCUAUUCCUUGCGGUCUCGAAAACAAGAUCUCCCAAAAGAUCCAUAAUAGUUCAUCAAUUAGAG